CACACCCCCAGGUGUCCAGGAGGGAAAAAGAGAGCGGGUCAAAUUAGGCGACGGGAAGAUGGCGGAGGCUUCGCCAGGGGACCCGGAAGCACUUACCCUCCACUUCCUCCUCCUGUUUGGCGUCUGUUUCACCUAGAGCCGUCCGGUCGCAGACUUUCUCCGAGACGUUUCCUGUCCGUUACAGAAUCACCAUGAUUCUUCAGAGGCUCUUCAAGUUCUCCUCUUUCAUUCAGUCUGCAGUGUCAGUUCAUUUCAGGAGGAACAUUGGUGCCACGGCAGUGGCAUUUAAGGAACUUGAUCCUGUACAGAAAAUCUUUGUGGACAAGAUUAGAGAAUACAAAACUAAGCGACAGGCAUCUGGAGGACCUGUUGAUACCGGCCCAGAAUAUCAGCAAGAGCUGGAUAGAGAGCUUUUUAAGCUUAAGCAAAUGUAUGGCAAAGGAGAUAUGACUGCGUUCCCUAACUUCAAAUUUGAAGAACCCAAGUUUGAAGUCAUUGACAAACCACAGUCCUGAAGAAAUGAUGUAAAAUGUAUCUGGUAAUUUAUCGUGCAUUAGUUUACAACUUAGGAGAAGUAUCAGAAUAAACAUAUUUCACCACCGUCAAAUGUGAUUUUAAUUCUGAUUCCAAAUAAAUAAUUGGUGAUG